AGGAAAAUGAGACGUCUGCAGCUCUCGGGGAAGGGUCUUGACUCUGUCGAGGAGUGAAUAGCUUUUCAUUGUUCGGGAGUUUUGUGCUUUGAGCAGUGCCAUGUGAUUGAGUUGCGGAACGCUUGUCUUAUUUUUCUCCUGAAGCUCUAAAGUAUUCACUUGGGAUUUUUUUUGUGAGUGCCACUUUCUUCUGAAUUGGAUUAUGCUAAAAAAGGAAAUUCGGUUUUGUUUUAUGUUCCAUUGACUAUAAGUUCUGCUUUGAACAACAUUCUUAAAAGAACAAAGAAAAAAUAGAUAAUAACGACAAACAAUCUUUUGAAAGUAUCAAGUGGACAACAAAUCAUCUCUGCCAUAACUGUCAACCCAAGUAGAAAGCUGCAAACAAACUACAUCUCAGUGUUGCGAUCUGACCUAGUCAAGAGUGUUUCUUUUUCUUGAAGUCGACGUUAAAAAUUAACGUAAAACAAGUACGGUAUGCAUCAUGAGACAUGCUUUUCUUAGGGAUAUUAUGUUAAACUCGAGUCUGUAUUUUAUUCUAUAUGAAAAGCUAAACAUGCUGUGAUCAAGCUACAUCUAAAAACUUCGAAAAGUGAUGAUGUAAUAACAGCACCAGCCCGGGAAAGAAAAUAUAAAAAAAACCCUCUCAACCUCAUCGUAAUGGACUCCACACACGCUAGAAACAAUAAUUCUUAUUGGACAAAUGGCUCGGAGACCACGCCCCGAAGUGACAUCACAGAUGCCACGGCUUCCUCAUACGACGAUGGACCCGCUGAAACCGGAAGUAUUCGAGAGUUCCCGCGCACAGAACAGAGGCUUUACGUCAUCAACAGAUCGGGAACGGGAGAGGCCAGCUAUCUUCUGCUGACAGAGGACAGGGACAACAUCUUGUCCUAUCGUGUACACACAGAGCUAUGGAAACCCACCCAGGGGGUCAUGAACUUCGGGGUUGUGGUGCUUGACAAGUCUAUCUACGUCAUCGGCGGCUUCCACAGAGCGAGAGCCGUGUGUCUCAACAGGGUCUUGAGGAGGAGAGCGGACAGACGGCAAAACCACGGGCAGCUGUGAGGUCUACGACCCAGCCACGGACACAUGGACAAAAUCUGGGAUGCUUCUAGCACCACGAGCAAACUCGGCGUGUGCCGGCUUUGGCAGGGAUCUCCUUUGUGCUGGCGGGUUUUUUGGCGGCACGGCUCACGAUAAUCUCUGGAUUUUCGAGCAGCACCAGUGGCAAGAAAUGGAUGAAUAUUACCCGCACACGUUGCCAUACUGCUUGGAUAAAUGCGCUGUAGCUUCUGUGGGAAACACGAUCUUCUUUAUUGGAGGCAUUUCCGCACUGUUACCAAAAGAGAAAAAAAGCCGCAAACAAGACACCAACGAGAACGGCAGGGGACGACUCGGCAACGCCCCUCCCAACAACCAGCGACUCCACCCUCACCAGGCAGCUUCGCAAAACCCAAAAGACGCAAACAACACGCCACAGAAAAAGACGCCAGAGAAACCCACGGUGCGACCCAAGUUUCAGACAGAGCGCCGAAUGUUUUCCUAUACCACCAGCAUUUCCGCCGGAACCGGAAGUCACCACCAAGGACCGCAACUCGAUCUCAUUUCGCCGUGGAACAUCAAGUUACCGGCCAUGAUCCACUCGCGACAUAGCGCUGGGGCGGUGAGGAUAGGCAACAAGAUUCACGUAGUUGGCGGCACCUGUGUGGAGACUGGUCAAGCGGUCAGCGUGUCCGAGCACUUCGACCUGUCCAGGGGGUUGUGGGAAGAGGACUUUACGCUACGUAAAUGUGAUGUGUCAAACGUGUGCUGUGUGUUGCUGGAAGUGCCAAAAGUUCCCCUCACGGAUCGCAAAAACACCUACAGAUUACGCUGGGUCAUGUGGUGACGUCAUCCCUUCUGUGUAGCCUUCACAAUAUUACGUUACCUACAAUUGCAAAGGUCUAUCUGCUCAGUACUUAAUCUAGUUUUGAGAAAUUUGAUGUUAAAAUUUUGAGUUUCACA